GAAUUUCAGGAGGAAGGGUCCGUUAAUGUUUUCCAUUUGUUUUCAUUUUCGGUGUUGCUGGGCACAAAUUGACACAAUUCCAUCUUAAUUGAGUGGUUGUUUUUCCCUCUUUUCCUAAAAUUCCAAGAAACUGCAAAUUUUCGAGUGGAUGGCCUGAUACGUAUAUCGUGGUGUGUUUUGAAACUUGCAACAGCUUUGUUGUGCUCUACUGGCUAAGACGCAACGGCCACCAUUGUCGUUUUCCGUGACAAGGCUACCUAACCUUACCAUAGGUUCGCAAAGUCCGGAGUAUAGUACAUCUACAACAAUUCCCGAAUUUGCAACUCCAUUAGGAUUCAUAACACGAACCCAUAUAACCAUCUCUAAGCGGAAAAAGAAUGUGCUAUGUGAUAUGGUUGAUGUGUAUGCUGGGAAGUUGGACGGCAUUCGCCCAAGUUAUCAGCCGGCCAAUGCCAAAGGUACUUGAAGUGGAGAUCGGCAAAGAGCGCUUGGUAAAAUUCUAUUUAGGCAAGGACGUUAAUGAGGAAACCAUAAAAACGAUAGAAAAACAGAAGGAGCUGCUGACGACUUUCCUACGCCAGAAAGAGAGCCUUCUCCCAUUGCCUUCGCCAGAUGAUGGAGUUCAAGCAGCUUUCCAUUUCUACAAAGUCGAACCAAUGAAAACAAUGAAUGUCACCCGAAUUUCUGUCAUUCCUAGUGACUUUGUUUUAUUGAACAACGGAGCCGUUAUGGAACCGAACGAUCUGCGUUUUACUACCCCGGUCAAAGGCAAUUAUUAUUUCUCGCUGACAGUUGAAAAGCCAUUGGAGGGCCCAUAUUCAAAUCUGUUGGUCAAGUUCUAUCGUAACGGGACCGUUAUUUUGCCUACGAAUCCCGAAGAAAAGGGCGUUUUGCAUACGGUAAUAACAACGAAAGAUGGCCAACCGGAGGAAGAUCAAAACUGGCUUCUUCGAAAUGUUGAAAUGACGUUGCCAUUGGAGGCUAACGAUAAGGUUCGAGUGCAAAUUGAAGUUGACGGUGAUGAAGAAAACGAACAAAGUUUAGCUACCGACAAAAUCACGCAGUGGUAUUACGGUAUCACUUCUUACAGAGGCUUCAUCAUCAAGAAAACUUAAACAUUUUCAAGGACAUUGAAUAUAAUUCGAGGUAUUACUAUAUACCAAUCGUGAUCGUUCAUUUGCUAUUUGGCCCUCCACGAGUGUAUUGGUGAUAUGUGAUGGAGUCAAGUCAAACAGUUACGUUGGCAUUACAAAAGCAAAGUAAACGUUUCAUUUCCUUA